AUGAAUUCUUCCAAUCAAUCUUCUCCCCAGCAACCAUCUACCCCCAAUACAGGCAGUUCAACUGCUGCCGCUGGAAGCUCAUCUACCCCUCCAACAAGCUCUACCUAUACAUAUACAGAGAAACCAUUGAGUGACGCCGAAAAUUUCCAACGAAACACAGACCACAUGGGUGGUUGGAUCAAGGACCUCGACCACCCGGAUCAAUUGACAUUGUCUAACUGA